AUGACCAAAAGGGUUCCAAACGAUGGUGAGAAGGUUACGUGUUGGGGUCAGACAAUUACCUGGACCUCCGAGCAUCCGACAGAUGAAGACUUGAAGCCUCUGCUUUACAAGUACGACAAGAUUGGAGGUGAUGCUUAUGAUCGUGCACUUCAGAUAUUCAACGAUGAGCAAGAUAUGAAGAAGAAAGAGGGCCAGAUGCCGAAAGGAGCUCCGGCUAAGCCCGAUAUAUUCCAGAUCGUGAAGGAUCACGCCGCAACGGAUCCAGUCCUUGGAAAGCUUUGGGAGCAGGUCAAUUAUGUUCCUGACUGGGUCGAUUGGGACCAACUGGCGCGAGGACAACAGAUAUUCUGGCGCUACGCUAUGGCGAAUUUAAUUGGACUCGGGUAUCAAAGCUUGUUUGUCGGAAUGGCGGCUGCCCGUACCAUUGAAGUGCUUGUUCGCACUGGAGGCUUUGCCCCUGCUGCGGCCCAGCGGCGAGGUAUCGAGACUGCACAGUGGAAUCUGGAAAUUAUGAGAGGAAUCGAAAGUCUUAAACCUGGAGGCGAUGGUUGGGUCUCCACUGUUCGUGUUCGAUUACUUCAUUCUGCCGUGCGGAGCAAAAUAAUGCAGAUGUACCGGGAGAAGCCGGAGUAUUAUAACGAGCAAGAGUAUGGCAUCCCAAUCAACGACUUUGACUCAGCAGGAACUAUCUGCACCUUCUCGGCGGCCCCUAUCUGGUUCUCUCUUCCACAACAAAAGAUUCAGCUUCGUCCACAGGAAAUCAAAGAUUACGUAGCUCUCUGGCGUUACAUUGCUUACUUGAUUGGAGCGCCAGAGGAAUACUUUGACUCUCCAGAUAAGUGCAGGAAGCUGCAAGAAAGUGGACUAUACUACGAAAUCGAUCCGAACCAGAAUUCCAAAGUUUUGGCAAACAACCUCUUGGACGCCUUCUCAAAAGGACCCCCAAAGCUGCCCUCUGGUCUAGUCCGAGCUGGCGCUCGAGCGCUGGCUGGGGAUGAGCUUUGCGAUGAACUCGAAGUUGGCAAGUCGAACUUCAUUUGGCGGGGCAUUUGGUAUUCGAACAUGGUCAUGUACAAAGGCUUUGCUUACAUGUGUCGUUCCGUGCCUUGGUUGGACAAGCGAAACAUAAGCAUGAUGAAGAAGCUGUCGUGGAAAAUUGUUGUGGAAAGCAAGUACGGUCUGAAAGGAGAGAAGACCAAAUUCCCGCUGAAAUACAAGCCAUCCUAUAAGGUUACAAAGGCCGAGUAG